GAAGGAGGAAGGCGGAAGAAAGAAGUGCAAUGUUUGUAAAGGAGUGGUUUUUGCAUCCCUUAUGGACUUUUCGUUGACGUUAAAUAACUAUAAAAACAAUUACGAUUAAAUUAAGAGUCGUUGAUAAUCAUUGUUAACUUUCAUCAAUGUCAAAAUGUUAUAGAUGAUGUAGUAAUAAAGAAAUGUCAUCUCUCCUAUUAAUACAAUGGGGAGUUGUAUUGGAUCGCCACGCAGCAGACCUUCGUCGGCGAUUGAAUCGACAGACGGAAGUUUUCAGCAGAAUGUCUCUAUCGGAAAAAAUCAACCUCUCCGGCACGAGAAACCGAAAUGGAAGAGCGACGUCCCAUUAACGGAAGGACAGCUACGUAACAAACGAGACGAAUUCUGGGACACGGCACCGGCAUUCGAAGGUCGCAAAGAAAUAUGGGAUGCCUUAAAAGCAGCUGCCUAUGCGGUGGAAAAUAAUGAUUUUGCCUUAGCUCAGGCAAUUGUAGAUGGUGCCAACAUAGUUUUACCCACAGGAACGUUGUUGGAAUGUUAUGACGAACUCGGAAACAGAUAUCAGUUACCCGUGUACUGUCUAAGCCCACCAGUUAAUCUUAUCGAAGAUAACGACAAGGCAGAAUCUCCGUCUCCUGAAAGCGAACCAUUAAAUGGAGGACAAGAGCUCACGAUUAAACUCCGCCUUUCCAGUAACGGACGCGACAUCAAAAUGUUGGUCCGAACUUUAGAGACGGUUCUGUGCGCGAAACGCCGUUUCCAGACGAUGGAGGGGAUCGGUCCAUCGUGCCAACGUUGGUUUUUCGGUGGUCGUCUUCUAAACGACAAGAUGAAGAUUGAAGAGACUAAAUUACAACCUGGAUUUGUAGUUCAGGUGAUCGUGUCCCCCAACGUAGAAUCGGCUUCGCUCGAAAAUUGAUGCAGUCUGUGAUAGAGCGAGGAGUUGACGCGUCAAGAUCAAUUCCGUCGUCUCUCCGACGUAGUGUUUUUACGGUUACUUAACGACGUGGAUAUUUUUUUCUUAACGUUGCUAUUUCUCUACGACGUCUCCAGCCAUAUAAUUUUACUUAAUUAAACAGGUUACAGAAUACCAUAUAAUUUCCUGAACGUUUAAAGUUCUAACUUACGAUCAGAAAAAAAUACCUUUAAAACCGACUUAAAACGAAUGGACUAUCUUUAUUAAAAACCGUACGCAUAUUAAUAUAAAUAUAUCUAUAUAAAGCAAUAGAAAAUUAAGUCCAAAAUUAAGGAAAUGCAUAAGCUCACAAGUUCUGUUUCGUUCGAAAGAGAAUUUUAUUGUAUUGUAUUGUAUUUACGCAUUGAUGCUUUUUUGUUGCGGCUUCGGUCGACGGCGCAAAAGCUUCUGUUUCGGGUCUGCUCUAGAUCUUCACCUCCGUCACCUGCAGUGCAGGAUUAGAAAUAAGUUUGAUUACGUGCAUGCUGUACUUAACGACCGCCAAAUAGGUAAAUUUUUCUAAUUUAAAUUUUCUUAGGUAAUAAGUAUUUGUUAAUUACUUUCUAGAUACAAAAGAAAUUUAUAAAGAAUUUAUAAAUUUUUGUUCUGAUGAAGUAUAUAGUUCCUAGAUUGACAUAUAUAUUUCAAAUUUAUAAUAUAUUUUUUCCCAGUGAAUUCUAUAAUAUAGAUAUCGAUUUUUGUUCAUUAUUAUUGAAGAUUUUAUAACAAGGAACUAAAUUUGUGAGGGUUUUUAACCAGAUAUUUGAAUUUUAUUUUUUAUUGUGGCCUCCUCAUCCUCCUGUUUUCUACACUGCAUAAAAAAAAGUUAAAGCUUUAUCAAUUUUAGUUCUGAAAGAUUUACACACCAAAAAAGUAAAUAAAAAGGUGUUAAUUAAAAAAACUACUUGUAAAUAUGUUUUUUUGUAUGAUUUAUUUUCGGGAAAUUAUACCUUAAAGUUAUGCAAGAAUGCUAGCAUUUUAUACACAUUAACUAUGGAAUUAACGUAUGAUUUCCGAAGCUUGUGGAAAUACUUUUUGGAUUGACCAAAUGAUAGUUGUCGUCCCCCAUCUGUUCACAAAAUUACGCUCAAAAGUACUUAGUUUAAUAAAUUUUUGAUUAAAAAUAAAUUUUCAAUCAAUUUUGGCAAAGUACGAUGUUUUACGUACGGCUAGAGUUUAAAUUAGAAAAGACUUUCGUAAAAUGCCGUAUUACGUAUUUACCAUUUCCGAGAGCGGCAUAAUAACUACAACCCUAACAAGAUAUCAAAAGAUAUUUAAAAAUCAGCAGUUUCUUUUUAAAUAAAAUUUUAUAUGGCCUAACGAAGUCAAUUGUUAUACAUCACAUGCUUAAUUGGUUUAUCGUUACUCGGAAUUCGCAUCUCUUACGAUGUGAAUGCUCUUUUUGCACUUUAAAAUAAUCUAGCGUGGAAAUUUUGUUGAAAUUCCAAAUAAAAUUAGAACUAGUGCACUUAUUACAAUGCACAUAAAAAACUUCUUCCAAAAUCAAGUUUUUAAUUAAUUUUUGAUCUGAAAAGGCACAAUAUUUUAAAAAUAAGGAUAUUUUACGGUCACAAGUAUCUCUUCCAUAACUUCUUAUUGCGGGAAUACGUUUCAAGCUCAUCUGCACUAACAUAUUUAACUGACACGCAAUUCCAGAGCCUGCUAAGAAUUGUCGCAGUUUUAAGGAUUUAGAAGAUUUCUAAGUUACGUAUAUCAAUGUAGAUGAGCCUAGCAUGAUUUUUACUCUCUGCCAAGACGAAAGUCCAUCGCAAAUACUUUGAUUUGCACCCGAGAAUUAUCACGUUAUAUGAUUUAAUAGAAAUAUUACGUAUUAUCGAGGAAUCGAACGGCAUUUAAAAUGUUUUGUUGAUCAUGUUUUAUCGGAUGUCGAACGAUUAAGUCUAAAAAAGUGGCUUUAAAUACCCGAUAAAAAAUGUUAUAUAUGACUAUAUAUAUAUUCAAUAGAUAUGUAUUUAAAAAAAAAAGCAUUUAAUCUUUAGAAAUAUUUUUGUUACUUUUAUCUGUUAUGAUCUCACAAUCAUAAGUUGUAUUUUAAUCAAGUUAUUUUAUAUUAAAAGUACAACUUAAGAAUAAUCAAAUUGACAAUGUUCAUAAUGUACUAUUUCGUCACUGACGGUUGAUAUUUUCUCAAUUUUCUGUUGAAAAUGCCUUAACUUUUUACAUGCGUAAGCACGUAUGUAUAUUGAUUGCUGCUAAGAUAGGUAAAAAAAAUAUAUAUAUAGGAAAGUUUAUUGUUUUGUCGAAUAAUUUUAUUGCAUUUAUUUAUUUUUCGACACUUAAAAAUUGUGGAAAUAAUCACGACUUCUGUUUUACGUUUUGAUUUAAAAAGUAUAUAAAGGCGUUCCGUUACCGAAAAUAUUCCGUGUAUUAAUUGGCCAUAAGAACAAAGUAUACCAAAUAUGAUUGUAUCUAAAUGAAAAAUGAAAAUUGAUUUGAGUAUUGAAUAAUAAACAUUUUUGUUAUUAUAAAUGAAUUUUCUCUUAAGUUUAAUCUUUUAAGACACUUCUAAAUAAUUUUUUUGUUUAUUAUUAUUAUCCUACAUACCAUUUCGGGUUUAUCUCAUUGUAUGGGUUGCUCGUGUUUUACAUUCUGACUUAAUAGUUACUUUGCGGACUUUGCCGUUCGGGAAACAUAUUGGUAGGAACAAGUUUCGGUUACUGCAGUAUUUAAUCAAAACUCGACGUGCACGUUGUGAACACCAGUUCUGUCAAAACUACGAGCUAUGGUCAGAAAACUUCUGAUGUUCAUGCUGUUGAAGCCAUUAUUAUUCGUUUUCUCAUUGUAAAAUUUGUACAUAAAAUAAAAAAUAAAUAUUGUACAUAGAAUAUUUUAACAAAUAGUCAGAUUAUUUGUUUCAACAUCAAACAUUAAGAUUUUUGACUUUCGUCACAUUUGUUAAAAUAUUUUCAUAUUUAAUCAAAUAAGCCAGUUUUAUGUCAAAUGAAUAAUCCAAAAGCAUCUCGUUUUAAGUACGAGAUUUUUAUUCUAAACUUUAUUUGUUAAUAGAAGUCCAGAGUGUGUGUAUUUGCAAAC